AUGGCUGGAGCUAUUUGGGUUCGGCCCUCGUGGACUUCGGGUGACGACGUGCACACGAAACUUGCGGUCAGGCGCGUCAAACGACUGGCGUGCUUCCCCGUCGGUCUCAACGAGAGCGAGAUGGAGAACAGCACUGGCUGCAGUCUGGAAGACACCAGUGAUUCUGCGAUGAUGAGACGGUUGCCGGGGUCGAGCCAGGCAGAUGAUUCAGAUAUGCCGAAUGCCUCCGAAGACAGUGACAUCAUGGCAAGCGACAACAUGUCGGAAGACAACAUGUCGGAGGAAGACAACAUGACUGAAGAUGACGAAGGCGAAGAGGAUGAAAACGAAAGCAACGACAGCAACGUGAGCAGCGGUCACGCUUGGUGGUAUUGGCAGCCAGCUUUGAGCUCAAGGUUGAUCUUUCCCUUUCCGUGCCUUUCCACCCUUCCUUGGAGAUUCAAAGAAUUUGGUUGGUAA